AUGACAAAGGAUGGGGGUGAUUUCAGUGUUCGUUUCGACAUCGAUGAUAAAGCAAUUGAUCCAAAUGAGGGAUCAUUUUGGCUUAUUGUAUCGGCAGUUUUCUCAUUUUUAAUAUGGGGUAUUUUCUCGGCUUUCUACUUUUCUCGUCUCAGCGCGAUUCUGUUCACUUUCAUCAUCGACAAGUACCUAAGGCUUUCAAAAAAUGGGAUAUACUUCAAAAUUGGGAGUAUUUCGAUUUCCGGUUUCACCGCCGGCAAAAUCAUGUUCCGCAACGUAAUUUACGAUAAUGGCGACAUGACUGUUAAAGUCAACGAUGGCCAUUUGAUAUUCAAAUUUUGGAAACCAGUGGAAAGUCGACAUCUUCAACUAGAAAAAAAACUGGCGUCACGUUUGCAAUUAUGCCUCCACGGACUUCAUAUAAAUUUGUACAAUAAUUUGGGAAAAUACUCUGAGAUUGCGAAAGUGCGACAAUUCAAAUGGUUUUUCGACAAAUGCAAUUUAUCCGAAGUCAAGAAACAAAUGCCACCAGAUCGUUCUCCUCCAUCAUCAGUGUGGAAAAAUGUGUGGAAUCUUCUCGGACUUGUACAAAUCGAUGUCUCCUCUGGUUGUUUUCUUGUCGGCAACAAAAUGCUCCCAUAUGCACUUUGGACCCGUUUUGAAAAUCUCACAAGCAAAACCAGUGUGGGAGAAUCGGAGAAUGACAGAGCUCUUCUAACAAUCGACGGCGACACUGAAAAUGUCAGCAUUUCUCUAAUCAAAAAUGAGGAAUAUCAAUUUUCCGAGAAUGAUAAAGAGCCGCCGAGGACCACUGGAAAUGACGGGUUCAUGCUGCUCCAAACCGCUUCAUUGCAAUUUGUCUACAAGCAAGAUCUUCUUGGAUAUGUCACCGAUGAUGAGUUUCAACAAAUUCAAGCAAAGGUGCCAGUUUGGUCGUCUGAAUGGAAAUUUGGCGACAACACUGUUCUUUCUUAUGGUCCGUGGGCUGAGCAACAACGAAUGAUCAUUUAUUCGUUUUUCUUUCCAGCCGAUUAUCAGACCGCCCAAGUGACUCCAAUGCCGCAAAGAGGCCAAAAGCGGAUUCACAUCAUUCACAAGUCGAAAAUCAUUUUAACCAAAGAAACUUGUAUGGACAUCUGGUUUAUGCGAGGCGGACAGCUUGAAAGCAUCAGAACACGGUGUGGAAAAGACAGCACCAUCGAUAUGUCUGUAUUAUGGAUAACAACGAAUAAGGGCUUCCACUGGGAUAUGCAGACCAAAUUUUUCAACUUCGAGACCACCACCUCAUUAUUGUUCACAAAACUCGUCGAGUGCCAGAAAUUAUGUGUAAAUGGCAAUUUUGUUUAUCCAUUGACAUGGAAUGGCGAGCAGAUUUGGACCAUUGACUACACGUUCUCGAAAGCCACUGCUUGGUUUGUGUGGGACCAUAAAAGAAUAUUCACGGAUUUGAUCAAUGAUUGGCUUGGUGAGGAUCCGCCGGAUAUCACCAAAUUCAUACCAUUCCGCGUGUACAACAAUUUGAGAGUGGUCGACAGUUUUGAAGUGAUAAUGCUUCUCAAUGAAUGCAACUGGGUGGACGCUUCCGACAAAAACGCGGAGAAUGUGGAAGCGGCGAUUGUUGGCGAAAAACUCACAUUUUCCUUCGAGCUCCCGUUCACUGAAUUCCUUCCGCAAGUCCAACAUGUCAAAUAUCAAAUGAAGGGUGAACGUGGUGUAGCGUUGAGGACGAAAUUCCCGCCCGACUCGGCGACAGCUCCGAUUCUUGCGGCGCUAUCGAAAUUGGCUCGCGGCUCGUCGAAUGCACCGAAAUCACCGCACGGAACUCAUUCGCUUAAUAAGGAUGAAUGGUUUGAAAUUUGGCGAACUGAGCUAAUUGAAAUGCGCUUCGAUCAUCAAUACAAGCCGUUGGUUCUUCGCAAAAAUAUUCCAUCGAGUUUGCCGUUCUCAGUUCUCGCCGAUUAUUUGCCAAAAGCGGCUACUCAUCCUUGGAAUCUAGAGCCCGAUUAUCUUGGCGUCGAAAUUCUCAUCGAAGGAAGCGAGGUCAAAUUCACCGGGCUUAUCGUGAAAAUAUUAUUCGAACUCAAAAAUAACUAUUUUGGAUGGUAUGAUUCGAUGACUACAAUCGAUGAAGAUGAGGAGAAAGAUGUGACGAAAAUAAAAUCAGCGUUUGAUCGUGUUCCAGUUGACGCGCCUGCUGAAAUGUAUCGUACAAUGAAUGUCGAUGUGACGGUGCGCGUUUGUAAUGUUCGCGCCGAAAUGCUUCUCUACUCGCCUGCCGUCGAUGAAAGUCUCGUACAAGAUCCAACGAAUAAUGAAGCCGAGAAAUGUCCGCUCAUUUUUGUCGAAGAGAUUGUUGUUGAAGUGAAGAAGACCAAAACGCAAGCGCUUAUUCAGGUCGGCGUGAGCCCGGCAUGUGCUUAUUUGGAUCGGGCAAGUGCUGACUCGCGAGCAGGAUGCAUCACAUUGUCGGGACUUCAAUUCAGAGGGCAUGCUAUGUAUUCGUCAAAAGAUGUCGCCUGGGAUAUGGGCGUCGUCGAAUAUGCGUGGAUCAUGGAAGUGAUUGUGGGAGACAUUUCCGGAACGCUUGACUUCCCCUCGCACGCAUUCGUCCUUCAUCAAAUCGUCGAAUCUCUAUUGAUUUUUAUUGUAUCGCCGGACGAUGCUACGAGAAUUCCGGAACGAAUGCAGUUUUGCCAUCAUGGGCAAUUAACGAAAGCGUGCUCAAUUGCUGGAAGAGGAAAGAAUGAGGCGAAAGGCGCGUGCGACACUGAAGAACAUUUAAAAUAUCGCCAAAUUCGAAUAUCGGUCGAUUCGGUGAAUUUGACAUUUGUUGAGGAGAAAACGCUCGUUCAAAUUUGCGCAGAUCCGCUGAGGGUUACCGUUUGCAACGCUCAUGAAUCGCGAUUCACUGAGCAUGUUUGUGUGAGAGUCCCUGGAAUUACUGUCAAGCAAGCGGUUCGAAUCAGCGAGAAACGCGAGAAUGUUUGGGUUGAAGGCGCCAAUAUCAAAAUCAAUGAGAUAUCGCUUGACAUCGAGCUACCAAAUGACAAGCAUGUCAGCUUUGAUUUUGAGAAUAUGAGAUAUGAUUUUGUGAAAUUGCACGAUGAGGAAACGAAACGACUUCAUUUCCUAUGGGUCGACCAUUCGGUUUGGGGAUGCGCAUGCUAUGGAAACACGUAUUUUUUCGCUGAAAUCGAUACAAUAGGCUCAUCGUUUUUGGAGUAUAAAAAGAAGCGCAAAUUUUUUGUGCCGGCCAUUGAGAAAGAUACGAGCCUUCAGCCGAUGGUGCUUCAGAGUAUUUUGGAGAAGCGCAAAUCGAUGCUGAAAAAGCAGCCGCAUCUUUUUUAUAAGAACAAAUCGGCAAAGAAUCAGAUUGAGUAUCGGAACGCGGAAUCGAUGGAUACCGAAUCGUACCAUUCGGCGAAAUCGCAGCAAAAUAUUUUCAAUCGAAUUCUUCCGUCGCCUCAAAUGACAACGAUGUAUGCGCAAUUUGUGAACAAUCUUUCUGUGAAAAUGCCUGAAAAUAUUGAAAUGCCUUCGUUUGGUGAGCCCGGAGCAAUUGAGCAAUGGAUUGAAGCGCAUCCGCCAACGCAGCUCGAAAUGAACGAGUCCAAGAAGGGCGUGAACAGCGUUUGUCUGAUAUCAAAAACCAAAUCGGGAAAUAUGAUAUCGCAAGUAAUGGAGAAACACACGAAAGAAGAUGAUGCCGAUAGUGUUGAGUUUGACGGCCAUCGUUCGGGACCAGCAGCUGCGCGAAAAAAGAAGAGGCUUGCGGUUAGCGGCGUUGCGGCGACAUCUGUCGAUUGCUUCUUAUCACCAAUUGGAUUGGAAGCUCUUGAAAAGUUUGUGCAUGUCGCGACGAAUUCGAUACCUUCCAUCAAUCCGUGCUUAUUGCUUCAUAUGUGCUAUCGAGACUGCGUAUUCCGGAUGCAUCGACAGCCGCUCACUGAAAGCCUAUUCACUAAUAACGAAGAUGAAGCUGAGCCGCCACCGGAGCUUGAGAUAAUGCUGGAUUUGCCAAAAGUGAAUAUGACGUUGUUCCAAUGCGGAAUCAAGAAGAAUGUGCCGCGAACGAAUACGAAUGAGCAUGUGACGGCGAGCAUCGCGUUGAUUCUAAUCGAUCACGCUUGGAUUCAGUCGAAAUCGAUGUAUUGCAUGUCGGGCAGCGUGAUAAUGCCGACGACGCCGCUCAGCUCGCAUCAGCCGCACACGGCUAGCAUUUUCUAUCAGCUCAAUUGCAAUGUGAUCACAUCGCAAUUGCUGCAAAUCACCAAUAAGGAUGCGGCUGAUUUUAGUGGUCCACAGGGUUCGGUGACAAGUACGGUGUCGAAUUGGGAUCAGUGCGCAAUUGCGCAAAGAAUGGCCGACGUAGAGCCGAGAGUCAUGAUGGAUUUCAACAUUUCCGAUGUCUCGGUGGUUUUGGAGCGACGGCCAAUUAUAAGGAAAAGUAGCCCACGAAUCAGUACGCCAAUGAACUCGCCGGCCGCUCCACAAGUCAACAAGACAUCGUCGACAGCGCCACUUACGACUCCCGACGUCGCACUGCCGCCCAAGCGCAAGCGACAAUUAUUACAUGAGCAUGACCUGAAGGCUUCUGUUGGAUCAGUCAACACGUCUGUUGUAAUGGCACGACCGCAAGAAAUGACCGCUGGCGAUGAGUUUCCAAUCUAUGAGGCUCUCGCACCGGUGAUUGUCUCGUGGAUGAGCGUUCUUGAGAAUUUCAUUGACUCUGUUGUUGCACUUUUGAGCCAAACUGAGCGAUGGCGAGGUGUUGCGAUGGCAAAGGUGUUGAAAUUGGCGCUGGAUUGUACCGAUGAGCGAGUGGCGGUGAAAGUUGGGAAGAAUCGAAUGUUGAGUGUUAGAGUGUUGGGACCUCAUCAAUCAUCGUGUGCUUCAUGUCUUCUCCUCAAGACGCUCUUCAGAUGGUUUGCAUACGAUGAUAAAGCUGUGGAUGCGGUCGCUGAUCGACUUGAAAUUCGUCCGGAGUUUGAAUUGGAAGAAACGAGAAAAACGGCACUUAUGGCAUUGUUGAGUCAUUGGCAGCCGGAUGUUGGACGGGAGUUGAAGUUGGUCUCGAUGGAAGACGCUUCUCGAUUCAAGGUGACGCGACCCGAUGAAGCCGCGAUCGCUGCGUUGACCAAAUUUAGUAAACGGGGAAGGAAAAAGAAAAAGUCGCCGAUAAAAGAAACGCGAAUUGUCAUUGAGCCAACGCCGAAGAUCAAUCCGCCGACGGAGAAAAAUGAGCUACUGCGAAAUUUGAAGCGAGGACGAUUGUCGCCGGCGCCACUUUUACGGAAAUUUCGCAAAAAAGCUGGAAAUGAUGGUGAAUGGGAUGAGGAGGGCGAUGUUGAGGAUUUUGGAAGUCGGGUGAAGCUGACGAAUGAGAAGGAUGGACUCUCGUUGGGAGAUAUUGAAAUGCAAGAAGUUCGAGAUUAUUCUGACGACGAGGAUGAAGAAGACGAUGAGGAGGAAAAGAAGAAGAAUGAAAAUGUUGAUUUGUACACGUGGAUGAGAAAUGCCCAACGAGAAACGGCGUUGAAAAAAAGGAAAUUGGCUGGAAUUGAGGAGUCGUUGUCGAGAGAUUCAACGGGAAUACCAAUGCAUAAAGAAAAAGAAUAUAUUAAUCCGAUGGAUAUCCAACAGAAGGCAUACUUUUAUGCGUUUUAUCGCUGGGCGAGACUGCAAUGGACUAGUUUAGAUGAUGUCGAAAAUGAUUAUAUUCAUUUCGAUUAUUCGGUGCUUCUUAAAGAGGUUGAUGUGAGAAUGAUGGCUAAAAGCUUGAAAAUUUCGACGGAUCAGAAGAAGCAAUACAUCACACCUGCACAGCAGAAAGUCAUGCAAAUGAAGAAUGCCGCUGUGAAUGGCAAUAUCACGUGGGUGUUGGAGCGAGAUGAGAAGCGGAAAGUACCUCUUGGCGGUCAGUGGAACAUCAGCUAUACGGGCAAUGUGGAGGGCAUUCGAUUCCUGAUUGGAAUGGCUACCGUAUCGCUUGCGAAAGAGCUAACAUUGGUGUCGCGGGCGGCGUCGGAGGCGAGAAAUGAGCUGCAUUCGAAUAGUCAUCGACGGAAGCCAUCGAGAAGGAGGACAUUGCCACUGCAUAAUGAGCCGUCAGCUUGGGACACAAAAGUUUUGGAUAUGACGAGGGAUUACGACAAGCAUAUGCAACGGAUGAGGGCGAGCAAGACGGAGAAUGGAGAUAAGGUCAAGGUGUAUGUGAAUGGCACGGCGGUUGUGGCAUCGGUUGUCCUUGAAUCGGUGCUUAAUGAUCUUUAUGUUUCGGCGAUGAUUUUGAAAAUCGAUUUGAGUCAGGAUAAGAAUCCGAUUCCUGACGGAAUUAUUGUUGAUCCUAAAAAUGCACAACCGGUUUCAAGUGAUGAGCGCAAACCACCUGCUGCACAAGCGAAAAAGGUGCUCCCUAAUAUCAACAUUCCAAAUAAAAUCGAUGACAUCUCGCUUUCAUUGGCAAAAGUGUCCUUGACCUUGUCUGAAUCUGACAGUUCCAAUAAAAAAUCGGAUAUUUUGAGAUGUACACUGAAUUUGAGCACCCUUAAUUUCUAUUCAAAAUUACAACUCGCCCAAGUGAGCUCGACGAAAUUGACGAAAAACUCGCUGUCAGCCCUAUUGCCCCAUUAUAUUCUCACGCGUGGAGCGACGUUGAAGCUUGGAGCUCUUGAAGGCAACAUGCCGAUGGCUGCGCAUUCGCUUCACGAUGUUGUCAUGAGACAUGGAAAAGAGCUGGAGCAACAGUUUAAUCGGCUCGCCGCUCAGCCGCCGACGCCGAUUGGGAAUCCGACGACGAGUUUUGCUGAAUCACCGUCAUUGAUGAAGGUGCAGUCGAUGGAAUCGCAAAUCACUCAGACAACGCUGAAAACCAACCAGACUAGUGAGCAAUCGCCGUUUCGGCGAGUGCCGACGUCGUCAACACCACUUGUUUCAAAAAGCGCGACGACGCGACGAGUUCCGAUUGUUGUCGUCAAUUUUGUUCUCGAGAUCACAAGCAUUGAGAUGAAUAUCCAGCUUCUGCCGAGUCUCCAAGCGAAAUAUCGAAUAUAUCGAGCUUCGAGUAGUGGAGUCACCGGCGACAAGGCGAAAUGGAUCAUUUCCAUUGAUCAGCACUUCUUCGAGUUUUGUGUGACCGCGCAAGGCAAAACGGAAACGUUUCGCCUUCAACUACCUUCGAUUAAAUGCACUGGACAUUAUUCGAUCGAGCAAGGACCAUCUCAACACAAACCGAGCACCGACAAGAAAUUGAUAUAUCGCGAAGGUGGAUCGCUUCAUAUGACUGUGGUUCUAGGUUCCGUCAAUCACACAUUCACCACCGAACUUUUGAAUCAGCUGUUGUUCGCCGAGCACUCCUUCCGCGCUGAGCUCACAUCGUUGAUCAAUCGAAUUCGAUCAUCGUCGUCUUCGGCAUCGGCAACGCGAUCACCAAUGGCGCAGACUUCCAACGAGAAGACGCCUCUUGGUUCGACGCCGUCGAAUGCGAAGCUCUCGUUGGCGAUUCAGCCGCAAGUUGUCGAGCCGCCUACGAUGGAGACCACGUCGAGAUCUCCGCUUCUGUUCACCAUCAAAGUUCUGACGAAGGAUCCGUCGACGCCGAUUACGGCAGCUCUUUCUGACAAACCGUCACCGUGGCUUCAAUUGACCGCGGCGACGCCGACGCAAACCGCUGUUCGAUUGACGAUUGAUAGUCUCGAAGGCGAGCUGACGAAUAAGUGGGUUGUCAAAGAGGAAGGUUCACGAGAGCGGAUCUACGGGAACGCGGUGAUCCAUUUCAAUGCGAAACUCGGACAACUAGUGAAGGCGGCGCAAUACGACGAAGUGUCGGCGGAACUUCAAGAAUACGCGACAUUCAUGACGCAGGUGAGAGUUGAGAAUAAGGAGCGCAAUAUGCUGAACAGCGCCUAUUCCUAUCACAUCUCGUUGAAUCGUCCGAUUCUUCUCGUCAAAGCGGCGGCAAUCGAUAAGGCGAUAUUGCUGUGGCUCAAUUAUAAGAAUACGUACGAUUUUUGGAAGAAUGAAAUGGAUAAGGGAGCUCAAGAAAAAACCCAAAAAGAGCUGAUAUCUGCGACGCAGAGUAGCAUGUUUUCACCGCCGCAAAUCGGACAGGACGCUGACAUGAAUUUAUCGCUUGCUAUCAACAAUGGAAUGUACAUGUGUAUGCCGUUGUACAGCUACGAUGUCACUGAAGGAAUGCCGGCGUUGGUGCUCUCGUUGCAAAAGUCGGAACUAUCGGUUCUUGUGAAGCGUGAGCUGACGUGCAAGGCGUCGUUCACCGGCUUCAAGCUGUCAUUUGUCGACGACUUUGAUGAGCAAGCGCUUAUGCAGAGCUUCUUGGAUUUGUCGCACAGCGAGCAAUCGAAUUGCUUCUUCUUUCCCGAAGGCACCUAUCAGUUGUGCUCGAAGGCGUCCGCGUCGGAUGGUCCGGCGAAAUGGGUGUUGAGCGUUUCGGCCGAAAUGCAAGGAAUCGAAAUCGAUUUGGAUCAACGGAUUGGGAAACUCACGAAGCUGCUCGUCAACACGUGCUCGAUGAUCGGUAAAGACGAUGACGACGAUAUGUCGUUUUGGGAGGAUCAGAUGGAGCUUGACGAUGAUGAAGAGAAGGUUGAAGGGGCGAAAGAGUUGAAAAUGAUGAAGGCCGAAGAGCGCGUGCCGUGGCUUGAGAAUAAAAUGCACGAGCACUCGCGCGCGGUGUUCGAGCUCGCUUCGAAAGGUGUGUCGACGAAGAAGCUUGAAGCGGAGAAGCACAAACUUAGACAAUAUGAGUUGAUACGAUUCAAAGCGUUCCGAAGGAACGUCGUGGAGAAAUUGAGGCGUGGUGCGAACAAUCAGGAGCAAAGCCGACCGACUACGCGAAAGAACUCGUUGAAGGACGAAUCCAAGUCGAAGACGUCAAAUUCAGCGAGAGAGGAAGAAGCGGCGCAAUCGGGAACUAUGGAAACAGUGUAUUUCAAUGUUGACGUGAAGGUGAACAUCACUUCUGGAACGUGCACUCUACGAACAGCGAAGAAAGAGGGAAAUGUGCAAAUGUUUCCUGGUCAGCUCGGCGAGACAAUGAAGCGAUUGAAUCAAGGCACGAGGGAUAUUAAGGAUAUGUUCCAGCCGCCGACGCUCACCACGACAACGUUCAGCAUUCCUAGUGUUGAGAUUAAAGCGUACCACGUUUCGGAUCCAUCGGAAGCUGUUCUCAAUGAGCGAUUCGCUAGGAAUCUGAAGAAGCAUUUGCCGAAAGAUAUGGCUAAAGAUGCGGAUGAUUUGAGGAAGAAGAUUAGCUCGAAAUCGCGAAGUGCAACGGCGCCGCUGUUUGAAAAGAAAGUGGCGAGCUCAUCGAAGCGUGGAUGCUUCUUUAUGUUCAUUGGUCUCGCCUCGAUGCCGAGCGAGACGGUCGUCACCCCGCACUUGGCCACCUAUGUUGAGCAGGUUUUGGAGCCGCUUCCGCCAUCAGCGGUGUUUCGAUCGCAAAAUAUUGGGACUGACACCGACACGAAUGCGGCGGACCAUAAACAUGAUGCCAAUAGCGAUGUUCACAAUAUUGUUGCGAUGGACACGGCAGCUCUUCCAAUCGAUUUUGUGCUUUAUUUGGAUGUUCAGAGUUCCACUAUUCGAUUUGACGGAAAACAACAGACGUCGCGGAAUCAAGCGCAAGCCGAUUGCCUCCUGACACUUCCGCGAUUGACUUUGGAGUUGACGACGAAACGGAGUAAAGAGCAUGGAAUUGGCGGAAGCUAUGUUGGCGGAAUGCACAUUUCCGGGCAGUUCAAGGGAUUCAUGCUCAAGAUUUACAAUCCGUUGGAGCCGGAAUUGGACUCGUCGCGAGCGCUUCUUCUUUCACUCGACUUACUCUCGUUUGUGAUAAGUCGUAACAAAAAUUCGUCGACGGAACCUGAUAAUCGCGUUCGGUUUGUGUUCACUUCUCAAAUUGGUCGCGCCUCGUUCGAGUACAACUUUCGACGGCUUGGUGAGCUCAUCCAAUUCCCUAAACCAUGGUAUCGAGCCGCAAUUGCGAGGCGAGUGUUUUUCGGUGAUCAAGCGCCCGCACGGCCGCGCGAUGAUGCAAGUGAUGUCACUGGAACAACGAGAAGCCGAAUUCCCGAAGAAUUGAAUAAGCGAAAUCAAAAACCGGCUCAAAGUGUUAUCAGUUCAGCGUCAGGUUCUGCCCAUCAGAGGAAGCCGUGGACGGCAAUGGUGCUGGCGGCGAUUCAGUGGAAUGAGUUCGAGGUGACGGCAUUUAUGUCGAACACGAUGGGAAAAACUACAUGGAAUGUAACGAAAGGCCUUUUGGCGGCAGAUGCGAAACUUAACUCACAAAUGGAACGCGAUGUGACAGUGACAUUCAAACUGGGCUCUAGUGAGCUUAUCGCGAAAGAAGGAGCGAUUAGUGGAUGUAUAAAGUUGAAUAACUUUAAGAUUACUGCUGCCCAUGCCCUAUGGAUUGAUGUGAAGAAACCUCCUAUAAAUAAAGCGAAACUUCGAUUAGAAUGGAUCACGGCGAAUAUUGAAUGGAUGAGCCGGAGAGUUUUGAUUGCCAAGUGGAGCAAUCCGUCAUUUAAUAUCUAUGAUUACUAUAAUGGAGUUAAAGAAGGCGACGAAAUUUCUUUGGCUUCGCUUGGGAUAAAUGUGAAAUCGUCAUGGAAAGACCUGCAGAUGGUGAUCACGAAAACGACUGUCGAGGAUAUUAUUGCAAUUAUCAAUAGACUUGUGGUGUUUUUCGAUGAACAAUUGAAAAACUCGCGAAUUCUUCUUGGCAAUUUUGGGCCGUCGGCGAAUUUGAGCGGCAAAAAGUUGCCCGACGUUCCGACGGAGCCGCGAAAACCGAGCACCCAUUUUUGGGAGCACGUUUUGGAUUAUGUGUCGGAAAUGCAAAUCAAUCAGCAGCUGAUGCCUCUCAUGAAGUUCGAAGGCGCGAGAGUUGGCGGAAACGUCGAGCUGGAAGCCGGCGGUAUCUCAUUGGUGUUGAUGAAAGGCGACAUGAACGCCGAAACGUGGGCGGUGUUCCAUUUGCGCGACGCGAGGAUCGUCUUCAUUCCCGAAGCGAAAAUGGACUUUUUGGAUCCGGAAACCAAAGAAAAUGUCGGAAUUCUUCUUAAACAAGAAUUUCGACUCAAAUUGGGCUCACGAGAAGAGAAUAAAACGGACAAUCUGGCGAAUGUUUGCCGUGUUCAGACGCGUUAUCAUGGUCUUCGCCAUUUGCAAAAGGUCGACGAGAUAUUGGAAUAUUUCAUUGGUGACGUCAUGAAGACGCUCGGAUUCCAUCAUUCCAUGUUGAAGAAGGCGAACGAGGAGGGAAAAUCGCUUUCCGGAAUCGACAAGUCUUCGACGUCUCUCAGUUCGUUUACUUCAUAUUCGCAGCUUCGCGGACAAGUUUCUGGAAAAGAUAGUAAGACCGCUAGUUCGCCGCCGAAAGGCACUCACAAUGUCUUGGAGCUCUUCCAAUUCCCGGGUCUCGAAGCGAAAAUGACUUCGGAACAAUUGAAUGGUCUCGAUGACGGCGAUAAAUAUGAAGCGGCGCUGAAAAUGCCGAUGGAAGUGUUCACGACGUUUGUUUGCGAUUUCUACGGCGAUGUCGCGGUUGAGACCAACUUCAACGCGCAAGUUUCGUUUUUGCCGGAAUUGCUCAAGAGCUAUUUGAAGGAAUCUUCUACGACGUCGUCCCAAACAACAUCAUCGUCUUUGACAUCGCCAGCGGUUACACCAAAGUCGUCGAGUAAAGAGUCGGUGAAUUCGGAAGCUCAAAAAGAUCCGCGAGUAUUCAUUUGUCGCGAAUGGCUCGUUGAGCCUCGUGUUCGUUUCAUUGAUCGAUUUGUGUGGAGGCCGCCGGUAGUCGAUGAUAUUUUGAAAAAACUGCAGAUCUUUGAUCAUCGAAACACUAUUCCGAAGGUUAUCCAACGAGCGGUUUUGGAUCCUUUAGAUGCGGCGUUGGCGAGCUCAAUGGUUGCUGCUUUGAAUCUUAUCGAUAAUAAGCAUACUAUUAAAAAGUUCAAAAAGGCAAUUUAG